AAAAUACCUUACCUAGAAGUAGGUUGUUGAUCAAUAUUUAUUUGCAGUUGCCAUUGUAGUCACAUCAUCUUAAUUAUUUGUUAAAUAUUUAUUAUCAUUUAUUGUAUCUUCACCUUUUUUUAGCUUUAAUCAUUUAAAAUGUCCACAACCGAAGUCGCACCGAUUUAUGGCCCAUUCUUUGGUGUAAUGGGUGCUGCAUCAGCAAUGAUUUUCUCAUCUUUAGGAGCUGCCUAUGGAACAGCCAAGUCUGGUACAGGUAUUGCUGCUAUGGGUGUAAUGAGACCUGAGCGUAUCAUGCAAAGUAUUAUUCCAGUUGUUAUGGCCGGUAUUAUUGCUAUCUAUGGUUUAAUCAUAUCAGUCGUAAUCUCCAACAGUUUGAAACCACCACCAGAGUACAGACUUUUUGAUGGAUUUAUUCAUUUAGGAUCUGGUUUAUCGGUUGGUUUAUCAGGUUUAGCCGCUGGUUUCGCGAUCGGAGUAGUCGGUGACGCUGGUGUACGAGGUACAGCACAACAACCUCGUUUAUUCGUCGGAAUGAUCCUUAUUUUGAUUUUCGCUGAGGUACUUGGACUUUAUGGUCUCAUUGUUUCCCUUAUUCUCAACUCAGCUACCAACAAAUAAAUGGUUAAUCUGGUCAGGCUAAGGAUUGAAAUCGCCAACUGUCACAAAAUCCGAAUUUCAAUCUACACAAUGUUUUAAUUGUUUAUCACAAUCAAGUCUUAAAAUACUUAGCAAGACAGUAAGGUUAAAAAGAGGAGGUUAUUAACGAUUGAUCUUUUAAGCUGUUAAUUACCUCAAUUUUAUCAUUCCUUCUAUCACUUUCUUGGUCAAUUAAUUAUCAAUAAUCAAGGUUAAUUUUGCUUUUUUUGUCUAAAUUUUAUCCACACCAAGCAAAAGAAUAAUGAGUCAUAAUCAUUGUGUGUAUGUGAAUUGUUUGAUUAAAAAAAGGUUAUUGCAAAUUUUUAAA